GAUCAGAACUAGAGAGAAGCCUCCAUAAUUUUCAAUUAGAUCAUCGUGGAAUGCGCAGGAGCGCAAAAGAAAAUUAUAAACAAUAAUGUGUGGUCGAACUUGUUGUUCAUUGGAUCCAGAUACUUUGUGCUGUGCGUGUGAAUAUAAAGAUGCCAAUGGUAAACAACAGAAACUGACAUGGGUUGAAACCGAAUUAAAAUAUACUCCGUCAUAUAAUAUGGGUCCGCAAGAUGUUUUGCCCUGCGUGGUGUCUGGUUCACAUUUUGACGAAGAAAAGGAAAGAGUCCUUUGUGCCAUGGUAUGGGGAAUGAUUCCACCGUGGCAUAAAGGAGAUUACAAAAAACGAUCAGAUAAAUUAUCCACCCACAAUGGCCGUCUGGAAGGCAUACAAACUUCAAAACUGUACUCUCCAUCGUUACGAAAUCAACAACGCUGCAUUGUAGUUUGUGAGGGUUUCUAUGAAUGGAAAGCUGGUACAAGUAACAAAUCUCCAAAGCAACCGUAUUACAUAUAUGCAACUCAAGAUGAAGGUACAAAAGUGGACGAUCCUACAACAUGGAAUAAUGAAUUUUCUGAGAUGGACGGAUGGAAAGGUUUCAGAGUUUUGAAACUAGCUGGAAUAUUUGGAACAUUUGAAACUGAAGAGGGUAAAAUUAUACAUAGUUGCACAAUUAUUACAAGAGAAAGUAACAAGGUUUUAUCUUGGCUGCAUCAUCGCAUGCCAGUAUGUCUAAGCAACGAGGAAGAAUGUCAAGUAUGGUUAAAUAAAGAUUUAUCGACAGAUAAAGUUAUUAAAAGAUUAAAUGACAUGAUAUUACAAGAACAAACAUUGAGCUGGCAUCCAGUAUCUACGAUUGUCAAUAAUGUACUUCAUAAAACUGCUGAUUGUAGAAAAGAGAAGAAAUCACAAGAAGAAAAAAAAGAUAAUCAAAAAUCUUUUAUGGCUUCUUGGCUACUAAAAGGAUCUGGUUCAAAUAAAAGAAAAAGUACAGAUACCAAUAAAGAAACAAAUAUAAAUAAUGAGGAAGAUAAAAGAAAGGCCUCAAAGCAUAUACGUAACGAAUGUGGAAAUUAUGAGUAUACAUGCAAUGAAUCAAAAAAACCACAGAACAAAAACUUGAAUCGCUACAGGGAUGUGGCACCAUACGAUCACACUAGAAUUAUUCUUAAAAGAGGUGUAUGUGACUAUAUUCACGCCAAUCUUAUACAAGUGGAACGUGCUAAUAGGCAAUAUAUCCUGACACAAGGACCCUUGCCGAAUACUACUGGCCACUUUUGGCUGAUGGUAUGGGAGCAAAAUAGUACAGCUGUAUUGAUGUUAAAUAAAAUAAUUGAAAAAAAUCAAGUCAAAUGCCAUCAGUACUGGCCUCUGGAUGACUCGAAUGAACCUACUAUGACAUUUGAAGACGUCAGUUUACAGGUGGACUAUGUCAGCAAGAUAGAAUGUUCAGAUUAUACUACUAGGACAUUACGUUUAACGGACUUGGAAACUAACGAUAGUAGAGAAAUCUUACAUUUUCAUUAUACCACUUGGCCAGACUUUGGAGUACCACAAUCUCCAACGGCCUUUUUACGUUUCUUGGCAGACGUUAGGGAAUCAGGAGCAUUAGAUCAAAAUGUUGGUCCACCGAUCGUCCAUUGUUCCGCAGGAAUAGGAAGAUCGGGAACACUGUGCUUGGUUGAUACGUGCUUAGUAUUGAUCGAGAAAAACGGUUUAAACGCUGUGAAUGUGCGCGAGGUAUUACUGGAUAUGAGACGGUCACGUAUGGGUCUGAUACAAACGCCGGAACAACUGCGUUUCUCGUAUGCUGCCAUCAUUGAAGGAGCAAAACAAUCGCCACUUGGCAAUUCGAAUACCGAGAAUAACGAGAUAUUGAAGAAUUAUUAUGAAGAGAUGAAUAAUAAAAACAACUCAUUAGAAAAAGAUGACGAACCUCCUCCUCUGCCACCUCCGAGAGGAGAAUCUUUGACGCGUGGUAUGAUGGCAGAUACUAGCCCGGAAGCAUCAAGUGAUGAAUCGAGUGCACCACCUGAUAAGCCGCUACCGUUUGAACCACCAAACCACGCAGAUUUAUCCACAGAUACGUCUAUGUCCUUCACAAACUGUGUAAGUGAGCAAAGCCCGGACGAUACCGCAAUAUGUGAUGAAAUCUCUCCCAGCGAUACCGAUAAUUCUUUCCAGACAAACAGUCCUCCGUCCAAUUCAGACGCGAAAGGGGAAGUACGUCGGCGCAAUCGGGAAAAGAACGAGCGACUGGCGGCACAAGUGCGCGAGAUGAAACGCCGACAGAAGGAAACGGAAGAAUGGCAGAAGCUCAAGAGGUCAUUAUUUACGCCCCUUACAAUAGGCAUAGGCAUUGGAAUCGGUGGGGGUAUCGUAGCGCUGUAUUAUUAUCUGUACAUGCGUAGUUAGAUCUAUCGUAUCGCAUUUAAUGCUAUUGUACGUACGUACGUACAUGCGUAUUUUCAGCAACACAUUGAAUGAUCUAGAUAAUCGAAAGAAGGUUACGCUUAACACGCGACUCUAACGCAAGGUUUUUCUAGAACUUAAUCUUGACUAAAAUAUUUCUGAUCGAAAUCGAAAAAGAGCGUACUGUACGACCCGUAGUAUAAUCGUGCACAGCCAGCGAUAUCGCAAAACAAUAUUGUUUCCACAUAUCGAAACAAUAAGCGAGAAAGGAAAAAAGUUAAGAGAGAAAAAACAGCGCUAAGAAGUAAUCAAGAGCAGUAAUAAUUGCGGAAUCGGAAAUCGACGAAGGCAGGGAAAAAGAAAAAGGACUUUCGAUUUGUAUUUUUAUAUUGUGAUUUACUCUCGACAAGUACCUAGAACGUUAGGGCGCGUAUCAUAUGUUCUUCUCAUCAUUUUUUUUACUUUCCCUCAAACUGUUACUAUCGAAAAGUGAGUAGCUUAUUUGAUAUACGUGCUUACAGAAACGUUAUAAUGAGAGAAUAUGGAAUAUAUAAUUAUAAUUAUGUUAGUUUUUAUCGUGUUUUUUUAAAUAAUUCUUUUAGAUAAAAAUAUUUACUCAGAUUUGUUCUAGUUGCAUAAUAAACUAAUAAUCAUUAUAUGACUAGAUUCGCGAUUCUGAUCAGUCAUUCAGUCUUUAUUCACACAUUAUAGCGGUGAUGAUAAGCUCGUAUAGUAUUACACAUAGCCAUGCUUACAAUUAGUAAGAAUCAUGGUUAUAUAUAAAGUUAUUUGAAUCAAUUAUCAAUAUAGUCAAUUUUAAUUUGGAAGACUACAUCUUCUGGAAGUCGAGCGACUUUGACUUCGUCAUUUUCCGUAAAUAAUUCGUGAAUGUAUAUUUCUACACUAGCAUCCGAUAUUUUCCUUGUAAUUCAAUUAACAUAACAAUCGAUAAGCAAGGCGCAGAUUACAUUUCUGUGAUUUUUAAUGAAUCAUUUUUAAGUGUGCGAACUAGAUUUACUAUUAACAAUAUAUAUUUCAGGGUAUCAAAAUCUGGCUUACAAACCAAAAUGAACUGACAUUUCUAAAUUGUCUGGCGAAAUUUCCAAUUUAUCUUAGAUUUAUAUUUUCAAAUUAUGGAGUUUACAAAAAUCAUAAAGCUCGUGGAAAGCUCAUAAUGAAUAAGCUCAUAAUUUCCAUAUUAAAAAAUAUGAAUUUAAUUGAUUUGGAAAUAUGUCUCUUAAUUUCUUUAAUAGACAUUAAAUAGAGGUACACUAGGUUUAGAAAGAAAUUGUUAAAAAGUUUUAUUCUAGUUUUCAUAGAUGAAUGUCUUUUUAAUGACUUAUCAAUUGAAGUAGAUUUUAUUGUGUCUUACAUCUAAAAUAUUCAUAUAAAAAUUAUACAUAUAUUAUAUAUUGACACUUUACAAACAGGUUUCAGAGAUGUUUUUCACUUAUUAUAGUAAUCUCAUUUGAUUUUUUAUGAGCUAUGAGUAAGAUAUAUUUUCUUCCUUAUUUGCGAUCUUUUUAUUUUCCUUUUUUUUGUUACAACCGAUUUUAUAGUUACAUUUUGUAAAUUGUCAUCUGGGAUGUCGUAAGUUUGAUGCAGCUAGUGAGAAACUCGUGUUAAAGCUUGCUAUUUAUACGAAUCCUAUCAUUUUGCACAGCAAUAUUAUACAAUUAUAGAGACAAUUACUUUGCAACAAAACAUUCCUAAUAUAUAAAUACAUUAGCUUUAAAUUUUUCUGAUUUUUAAAUAAAAUAGAUUUUUUGGAUUUUUCAGAUACAUUAGAGUCAUAUGAAAAAUUGAAUUUAUCGAAAAAACUUUUCGUUAUCAUGUACAAUUAUUAUUAAUUUUUAUUGUUAAUUGAUUCACAAAGUAUAAAUGUCAAAAAAAAAUUACGAAGUUAUAAGAACGAUAAAUCAUUGGUAGCAUCAAAAGAACAGACGCGAUAAUUAUAUUAUAUAUAAUACAAAUUAUCAUUUUCAAGAGAUACUUCUAUAGAGUCUCGCUUUUGAUUCUUCUUUAAAUCGAAUCAUCACAUUGCAUUCUACUUCAAUCAAUAUUUAUAUAUUAAAUUUCGAAAAAUCGAAUAAUGAAGUUACAUUAAUCGUUAGAGAAAAACGGGGGAAGUUUUAAGUAAAAAAAAAAAAUCUUAGAAAAAUGUGUAUUUCAGCUCAUCGCCCAAUAAACAUAUAUAUAUGUUGCAAACUGUACAUUGGGCGUUGGAUAAAGACUGAGUAUGUCUAAUGAAUUCUAGGAAGGUGGACGAAGUAAACGAAAUGUGGUGAAAUAACGAGAGUUUAAGCCCGCGUAUUUCUUAAGUCGAGCUUUUAUAUAGAUCAUCUUGAGAGAAAGACUUGUCAGAUCGUGUUCCAUCCAAAGAUGAAGCGUAAUGAGGAAAGCAGUCGGCACGUCGCGAUAAUAUAUAUCUUUGAAGAAGAAAAAAAACGCGCGUUCGCCAAAGCGUAUUUUCUACUUUUGUACGUUACUGCCGUUGGAACACGAUCUCCCAACGAGGUUUUUAACACGUCGGAUUUGCGUAUAUUAUAUAUAUAUAUAUAUAUAUAUAUAUAUUGACGUGCUCUUCGCGUGAUUAUGGAAUGGUACAUGGCGAAAAAAAAGAUGAAAUAGAAGACAAAAAAACUCUACGCGGAACUCGAGGGGAUAUGCAGUAUUCUCUUUAUUGUCAACAACACGUUUUAACUUUAUGCACCUACAUAUAUUAAUAUACUAUAUUGUUAUCUAA